ACUUUAAAUACUCCUGUCUUUGCAGAAAGAUGAUUUCUCAUAGCAAGUCUUUGUCUGUAGUGGAGACACAACUCACAACAAAAUGCAACUAAGAUGCUUGAGGAGGUUGGAAGGUCGACAUAUAAAAUUUUGUUUUUACUAGUUGGCGUGUAAUUCUUCAUAAACCUAGAUUACUUAUGGAGCUCCAGCCUCCAGUUUACCGCCUACAUUUGUUGAGAGGCCUGUGCUUGUGGAUGAUAAAAAUUCAUGUAAUAGGAACCAAGAUUGGAUGCUUGGAGGAGACUUCUGAGUUCUGACCAUUGAGGACAAGAGCUUUGAGUGACUUUGACCUUUGCCCAAAAAGGCCUUCUGGCAGACGUGGUAGAAAUGAUUUGCUACUGACUUAGUUUAAUGCAGGGGGGCUGGUCUUGGAAUUGGUUUGUGUGGGUUGCUCACACGCUGUUUUAAUAAAGUCCAUAACCACUUAUAAUACGAGACGUCUGCUUGCAGUUUCACUUUUGAUUACAUGGAUUUGACAAAAAUAAUUCCUGUUUGGUUUUGCAUGAGGUUCCAUUCAGUUCAGUACAUCGUCCUUGAUGGCUUGAUAGCAGCACUAUUAUCACCUCGUCUGAGCGAACUCUUUGUUGGUCCUAAUCAAAUCCCAACCAAAAUUAGCUUUUGUUUGCCUGUUGUUACAUUCCCAUCCUCAACCCAGCGGGGGAAAUGGAGGGUUAGAGAAGAAGGUUGAUGUAGACAUGGAUACACUUGGGGGACUAGGGGUGUCAAAUUCUAGUCCGAUUACUGUUUUACCAUUUUAAGCAGCGGAUUGAGGGUUCAAUAAGUUUGUAAUCUCUUUUUCUUUGUCCAAUGAAACCAGACUAGGCCCGAUAUCAAACCGAUAACAGUUUGAUUUUAGGAAAUCGAAACCGAACCUUCCCUUAUCAGGCCGGGUUUGGUUUCACCCAUUAUCACCUAUUAAAGCUGAACCGACCUUCAAACACAAUCAACUACGAACCGGCCGGAUGGACCAGUGUCCGACUUAAACUCUUACAUACGACCGUAAUAACCAAGCUCACGGAAAUCUCGAUGGAGACCACUCCUUGUAGGCUUGUACGGUUGUACGGUUGUACGUACUACGUAGUAGUAGUACUUAGCCACACGAUGUGGUAGCCUACACAUACGCUACAUCGGAUUGCCCCAAAGCCCUUGACUGCCACGUAGGACCAGAGCUUCUCGGGAUUGCUCUCUUUUUCGUCAAUCCUAUGUCGAAUUUUAUAUUGUGAACCCAAAAAGAUGAAACAGGUUAGGGUGUGAACAAGAUACACAGAGCUUGACUUUCACGUUGCACCGCCCUUUCUCUCUUCAGUCUCUUCUAGGAAAUAUUUUAAUGGUUUUGAAACGCUUCAUAUAAGGGCAGUUUUCUCUCUCUACUUCACCCCCCCCCCUUCUCUCUCUCGAUCUCCAUCUCCAUCGUAAUUAUGGCUCUUCCGCUUUUUUAUUUUUAAGUUAUUCUCUUCUUCCCUUCCUUUGCCAUCUUUGGGCCACACAUUGAGAAGAGACUGUUUGUUAGGGUUUUAAUUUCUCGAAUCUAUCUGUGAUCGUCGUUUAUUCAUCAGUCUCCUCCGUUUAGGCUUUAUCUGUAUUUUUUUUGUCGGAAGAUGGAUUUUUUUUUUGUAUUGCAUCGUCUGCUUCGGUUCUUGAUCGACUAGAUUGGAUUGAUUGAAGCUCUUUCUUCUAAUUAUUCAACUCAAUUUCGUUUCCUCGCGCCUGCAUUCUUAGUCGGAGGUUUUGCUGACGAAAAGAGGCUCUUUUGUUCAAGUAUUCAUUACGGAUGGCUGAGGGCAGCAGAAGAUACGCCUUGAAUCAACCGUUAGACAUUUCACAGAUUCUGUUGGAAGCGCAACAUCGUUGGCUUCGUCCAAGUGAAGUUUGUGAAAUCCUCCGCAACUACCAAAAAUUUCAGUUGACACCUGAUCCUCCUUACAAGCCUCCAGGUGGUUCUUUGUUCUUAUUUGACCGAAAAGCACUUCGAUAUUUUCGCAAGGAUGGCCACCAAUGGAGAAAGAAGAAAGAUGGAAAAACUGUUCGUGAAGCCCAUGAAAAACUGAAGGCUGGCAGUGUAGAUGUCCUUCAUUGCUACUAUGCGCACGGUGAGGACAACGAGAAUUUUCAGAGACGGAGCUAUUGGAUGCUUGAUGGGCAAUUAGAGCACAUUGUUCUUGUGCACUACAGAGAGGUGAAAGAGAGGAACAGGUCUGGAAUCCCCCGUUUGUUAAAUGCAGAUUCAGCCACACAAACUGUUAGUUCUCAAACUGGUUCAGCACCUUGCUCAGUACAGGCCCAUUCUUCACCCUUUACGGUUCAGGCAUCUUAUGCUUCAAGCCCAAGUACGGCUGAUUGGAAUGGACAGACACAGUCGUCCGAAUUCGAGGAUGUUGAUUCUGGGGAUGAUCUAGGAUCCUCUUCUCUUCCUGAAGCCAUCUCCCGUACUGGUCCUCUGAAUGUUUCUUUGCCUGCACAUGAUACCCCAGGAAUGCCUGAAUUACCAAGGAAUUAUCUUGCUGCUGGUUUCUCUGGAGCUAGUUUUGGUCAUGAUGGUAUCUCAUCCAUGUGGACUGGCCUUCAGAGCUCAGGUAGAAAUGCCAGUAGCAUGCAGGAGCAGAGGAUCAACUUUGAUCAGCUGAAUGGCAGUAACAUUUUAACUGGACAACCGACGGAUGCCAAGUUGGAAACAUAUAGCUUGAUCAAAGAUAACCUAGUUGAUGAUGUCAGUGCACUACCUAAUGGAAAUUUCCCAACAAUAAUCAGGGAAAGUCAGAGAACAGCUCAGGGACACCAGAAAAAUGAGAAUGCUGGGCAUGCAGAUUAUCUUCCAUCUGACAAGGGUGCUCUAACUGAUGCAAAUAUGUUCCUAGUCCCACAUGAGCGUGAUUUGCAUUUAGUGGAUUCCCCGUUUCAGAAUAAUCCUGGGUCUUCUAUUUCAGUUUCAGCCAAUGAGCAAUUCUUAGGAUUUGGGAACAUUGCCCCCCUGGGUGGUUCUUGCAAUGAUGAAUUAGGAGAGUUGAAGAAACUUGACAGUUUUGGGAGAUGGAUGAAUAAAGAAAUUGGUGGGGAUUGUGAUGACUCUUUGAUGGCGUCAGACUCUAAUAACUAUUGGAAUUCUCUUGAUACUCAGAAUGAUGACAAGGAAGUUUCCAGUCUAUCACUCCACUUGCAAUUGGAUAUUGAAUCACUGGGUCCAUCCCUGUCCCAAGACCAGCUAUUUAGCAUUCACGAUUUUUCUCCUGAUUGGGCUUAUUCAGGUGUUGAAACAAAGGUUCUGAUCACUGGUAAAUUUCUGGGAGACAGUAAGCCUCCUGGUAGCACCAAAUGGUGCUGUAUGUUUGGUGAAGUUGAGGUUUCAGCGGAAGUCUUGACAGAUAAUGUUCUUCGAUGUCAAGUUCCUUCACAUGCUCCCGGACGUGUUCCAUUUUAUGUCACCUGCAGUAAUAGGUUGGCCUGCAGUGAGGUUCGAGAAUUUGAAUUUCAUGAAAAUCCACCUGGAGUCCCAUUCUUUAUAGCUGUUAAAAGUGAACCAGAGGAUGAAAUGCAUUUUCAAAUACGCUUUGCAAAAAUGUUACGUCUAGGCUCAGAGAGGAAAUGGUUGGAUUGCUCUGUUGAGAAAUGUGAUAAAUGCAGCCUAAAGAGUGACAUAUUUUCAACGAGAGCUGAUGAUGAGAAAGAGUGGGGACGGAUUGUAAAGACUUCCAUGGACUUUGACGGAACUCAUGAAAAUCCUCAGGAAGCAUUGAUUCAGAAGCUUCUGAAGGACAGAUUGUAUGAUUGGCUAGUUUGUAAAGUUCAUGAAGGAGGGAAAGGACCAAAUAUAUUUGAUGAUGAUGGACAAGGAGUAAUUCACCUGGCAGCUGCUCUUGGUUAUGAGUGGGCCAUUGAUCCAAUAGUUGCUGCUGGCAUCAAUCCUAAUUUCAGAGAUGCACGUGGAAAGACAGGGCUUCACUGGGCAGCUUAUUUUGGGAGAGAAGAAACAGUUGUUGCACUUGUUAGAUUGGGUGCAGCCCCUGGUGCAGUGGAGGACCCAACACCAAGAUUUCCAGGGGGACGAACAGCUGCUGAUUUGGCAUCUAGUAGAGGACAUAAAGGGAUUGCUGGAUAUCUGGCUGAAGCAGAUUUGACAAGUCACCUCUCUUCAAUGACUAUCAAAGAAAAUGUUAUGGACAGUCUUGCAGCAACUCUUGGAGCAGAAAAGGCCAAUGAGACUGCAGAGGAGCAACAUGUUGUCCCUUCAGAUGGAAGCAUGGAGGAGACCCUUUCCUUGAAAGGGUCUCUGGCUGCUGUCAGGAAAUCAGCUCAAGCAGCUGCUUUAAUUCAAGCUGCCUUUCGUGCUCGUUCAUUCCAGCAGAGACAAACUAUGAAUGAUGAAAAUCUUGAAGUUUCAACAAAUUUAUUUGCUCUUGCGUCGUUGAACAGGGCCCCAAGGAUGAGUCACUUUAGUGAUUAUUUGCAUUCUGCUGCUGUAAAAAUCCAACAAAAGUAUCGUGGCUGGAAGGGAAGAAAAGAAUUUUUGAAGAUCCGCAACCGUAUUGUUAAAAUUCAGGCUCAUGUGAGAGGACAUCAAGUUCGUAAGCAAUAUAAAAAGGUAGUCUGGUCUGUCAGCAUUGUAGAAAAGGCUAUUCUACGUUGGAGGCGCAAGGGAGCUGGAUUACGAGGUUUCCGUGCUGAAAAAGCUAUUGGAAAUGUAGAAAAUGAAGUUGGGAAAACAGACGAGUAUGACUAUUUGAGACAAGGCCGAAAACAGAAAGUUGCUGGUUUGGAGAAAGCUUUAGCUAGAGUUCAUUCCAUGGUUCGUUAUCCAGAAGCUCGUGAUCAGUACAUGCGUCUGGUCACUAAGUUCCAGAAAUUAAAGAUGGAAAAUGAAAAGAGCAGCUUGCAGCCUCAGGUUCGAAAUUUGGAAAAAGAUAACACAGAGGAGGAUCGACUUCCACCCAUGACUGACUGAUUAGUAACAUGUAAAUGCAGUUACCGACUUUUCUGGGCAGUUUAGCAUUCGAAAUUUCUUCUUGUAAGUAUUGUCUGACAUGUCCUGCUUUUUAAUGAAAAGUUUUUGUUACAAAUGGGGAGAGAGAGAGAGAGAGAGAGUACUUAGAAAGUAAAAGUUGUACAUGUAUAAAAGAUAUGGCAGGUAUUUUUCCCUUGUAAACAAGUUGCAAUGACUGAGGAAAUGAGUGAUCAAGAUGGGACAUCUCUUCUAUACA